AUGGCGUCCUCGCUCCGUCUUCCUGCUGGCAGCUUUGCCAGAAGCGCACGCUCAAGCUCCUUGAUUUCCCAGACCUUUGCGCCGGCUUCACACCAAUACCGAUUCUUUUCCCAGGCCUCGCAACGAUGGGCAUACAAGAGCAACAACUUCUCGGCCAAAAAUGUCACAGGCCCUUCGAUGAAGACUCGGUCAAAAGAAGCUCUCGGCGGCCAGUUGCCCAACGAUAUAGGAGUAUUGCCAGGGACUUUUGUCCGGCCGCUGUGGAGGGAUAUGCCCUCGAUCUUCCAGAGCCCGCGGGAUCGGUGGGAGAUGGAAUGGACUUGGAUCAAGAGCAAGGUCACGGAUUUCUUUAGGAAGGACAACAAGUUCCCCUUGUUGUUGAAAGAGCGGCGGAAAAUUGCGCGCCUCCUAUAUGGCGAUAUGUACACUGCCUUUGCAAGGGGCGAUACUUCUGGCCUCCGUCGUCUUUGCUGUGACGGUCUUUCCAAAAACCUCAUCAUGCAGAUUGACAGCCGCCCCAAGAACCAGCAAGUGACUUGGAACCUUGUCAAAUGGCUUCGUGGACCGAGUACCUAUUUUACCGGUAUUCGUAUUGUGUCAGACCGCGCAACUCAGAUCCCUGAUAUGAACAAUUCGGGUAUUCGCCAGAUUGUCGUGCGUUUGACCUCCCGACAGUCCAUGUCCAAGACCGCACCACAGCCUCGUGGGAAAGGAUCUGUGGCAGAAAUUGUUGAGGCCCCUGCUAAGGAGCAAAACUGCGAGGAAUACUUUGUCAUUCAGGAGCUUCAUUGGCAUGGCAAGAGCAAUGGUUGGCGAGCUUGGGGCUAUGUCAAGCCCACGGAUAUCGAUACCGUUUACAGCGACCCCUACUUUGCUCCGGGCCUGACUCCUUUGGAGCGAAUUGAUGGCUUGAAGAAGACGUCAGACCAGUAA